AUGAGCGAGACUUGCGAAUGGCUUUUCACAUGGGGCAGAGCCAGGGCCGCCACCCGGCCGCGCCGGGCGCGCGCGCUCACAAAAGGGCGGCCGGCGGUGGGGUGGGUUGGCAGGCCUGCAGGCCGGCGCGGCGCGGCGGGGAAGCCCCGGCCCGGCGCUCGGCGCGGCCGCCAGCCAGCCAACAAGCCACUGAUGGAGAAGCGACGCCGAGCCCGCAUCAACCAGAGCCUGGCCGCUCUCAAGACGCUCAUCCUGGACUCGGCGCGGCUGGAGCAGAACACGAAGCACUCCAAGCUGGAGAAGGCGGACAUCCUGGAGCUGACGGUGCGCCACCUCCAGCGGCAGAAGGCGCUCGGCUCCAGCUCCGUGCUCUCCAAGUUCCGCGCCGGAUUCCAGGAGUGCGCCCGAGAGGUGGGCCGCUUCCUGGAGUCGCCCGAGGUGGUGCUGGCGCCGCCCGAGCCGCACGCGUCGCUCAAGCAGCGCCUGCUGCGCCACCUGGAGAGCUGCGUCGCCGAGCUGGACCUGGACCUGGGGCUGGCGAUGCGCGCCGAGGAGAGCUCCAAGCCCGACUCGAGCUCGGGCCAGGCGCAGCCCGCGCCCGGCGCCCCCGCCGCCAGGGGCGACGAGAACAACAACCGCGGCCAGCGCUCGCACAGUGCCAGCGGGAAGGCAUCCCCGGGGUCGCUGCUGGGUAGCCGGCUGCUGUCCGCCAGCCAGAGCCCGGAGCCCGCGUCGCCGCUGGACGCCUCCAACCCCCUGCUCUCCGUCGUACAGGUGAUCCCGUCGCGGCUGCCGGACGGCCAGCUGGUGUUCCUGCUGCCGUCGCACUACGUGCAGCUGGCCGCCGCUGCCGCCGCCGCCUUUGGUGUAGCAGUUGCAUCCAACUGCAUCCAACGUCCCCAACUCUUUGUUGGAUAUACAAUAACUGUUCAGGUGGACGAAGCUGACGACGACGACGACCAGCCCGUCGACUGCUCGGUCGGGACGGCGGCUGCCAGGCUGUCCCCUGAGCCCGCGGAGGCGGCCAUGGACGCCGCCGGAGCGCUGGAAGCCGAGGAGGGUCCCGUCUGGAGGCCGUGGUAG